CCGACUUCCGGCGCCCGCUGAUGUGGACGUGCAGCCCGGGACUCCGUGCUGCGUUUGAAGCCCGUGUGCUCCGGUAACUCCCUCGGCCCGCCGAGAUGGCGAUGCAAGCGGCGAAGAGGGCGAACAUUCGCCUUCCUCCUGAAGUAAACCGUAUUUUGUACAUAAGGAAUUUGCCGUACAAGAUCACAGCUGAAGAAAUGUAUGACAUAUUUGGGAAAUAUGGGCCUAUUCGGCAAAUCAGAGUCGGGAAUACUCCGGAAACUAGAGGAACAGCUUACGUGGUCUAUGAAGACAUCUUUGAUGCCAAGAAUGCCUGUGAUCACCUGUCGGGAUUCAAUGUCUGUAACAGAUACCUCGUGGUGCUGUACUAUAACGCCAACAGGGCAUUUCAGAAGAUGGAUACCAAGAAGAAGGAAGAACAGUUGAAGCUUCUUAAGGAGAAAUACGGCAUCAACACAGACCCACCGAAGUAAACACGGUCUUGCUUUCCAUUCAGGACUAAACCCAUGAAUGACCAACACCACCCCUGUUGUGUUUUUAAUUAGUACUGAGUAUUGUGGUUGUUUUUGGCCUGGUGGUGCUUGGAGUCACCCCCAGCAUUACUGGUGAGGCUCAUGCAGUGCUUAGGGACCAAACCAGCCCUUUGAGCUGUCUUUCUCAAAAAGAUA